AUGGCGGCGGCGCUGCUGGCGCGGUUGUGCCGGGGUGUCCCCGGGCUCCGGGACACGCUCGGGCUCCGCGCCGCCCGCCCGCCCCUCGCCGCCGCCGCCGCCGCCGCCCCGCCGCUGCUGUUCCGCCGCCCCGCCGCACCCCCGGGGCCGCGCAGCUUCUCGGCGGCCGAGCUGGUGCGCGCCGCGCCGGCCCCGCUGCAGCCGUACUUGCGGCUCAUGCGCCUGCACCAGCCCGCCGGGACGUGGCUGCUGUACCUGCCGUGUACCUGGAGCAUCGGGCUGGCGGCCGCGCCCGGCUGCCUCCCGGACUGGCGCAUGCUGUCCCUGUUCGGCGUGGGAGCCGUGCUCAUGCGAGGGGCCGGCUGCACCAUCAAUGACAUGUGGGACCGCGACUAUGACAGACAGGUUGCAAGGACAGCAAGCAGACCCCUGGCAGCUGGGGAUAUCUCAACUUUCCAGUCCUUGGUUUUUCUCGGGGGACAACUCAGCCUGGCACUCUGUGUGCUUCUGUGUCUGAAUUACUACAGUAUCAUUCUGGGAGCAUCCUCUUUAUUCCUUGUGAUCACCUACCCUCUGAUGAAGAGAAUAACAUACUGGCCACAGCUAGUUUUAGGAUUUACAUUUAAUUGGGGAGCCCUUCUUGGCUGGUCUGCCAUCAAAGGGUCAUGUGAGUGGUCUGUGUGUUUGCCCUUGUACUUUGCUGGAGUCAUGUGGACACUGGUGUAUGACACCAUUUAUGCACAUCAGGAUAAGAGGGACGACAUCAUGAUUGGUGUGAAGUCAACUGCAUUGCAUUUCAAGAAGGACACAAAGCAGUGGCUCAGUGGCUUUAGCCUGGCAAUGCUCCUGAGUUUGUGUGUGACAGGGAUGAAUUGCAACCAAACCCUCCCGUAUUACUCGGCUGUGGCUGCCGUAGGGGCUCACCUGGCACACCAGAUUUACACUUUGGACAUAGACAAGCCCGAAGACUGUUGGAAAAAAUUUGCUUCAAAUCGUACUGUAGGAAUUCUGCUCUUCAUAGGGAUUGUGCUUGGAAAUCUGUGGAAAUGAAAAGGCUUAAAUGUAGAAGAGCCUUCAGAGAACAGAUAGUUGAAAUCACUAUACUGAUAUUUUAGUCUAACUGAAGUGUAGAUAUUGUAAGGAAAACACUUGUAAUAUAAAUAUAGCUGCUUUAUAUUGUUUAUUUAUAAAAGCUGGUGGACACGUUGUUUCUGAAAUCAUGCAAUUUUGAUAAUUCUACAGUGGAAGUUUUGGUUAUCUGGGAAUAACUUCAGUCUGCGUACAAGCUCCAAAAAGUGAGCUCCAAAAAGCUCUGCUGGUCCUGCAUAGUAGCAGCAAACUUCUGUCAAGCUCUCUAGACUAUGAACCCAAGAUUUUAUAUGAAACAGGUGUCUCUUAGUGACAGCAUGGGUAAAAAUGCAAAAUGAUUUCUGGAUGUAAAUAAAUAAAUCUGGCUGUACAUGUUUGAUGGUCUGAUUUAUUACAAAGGUAAUUUUCAGUUUGAGUUGGAGCUUGCUUCAUGGAGGAGUUGCAAUAACCGUUUUUCUUCUGGGAUGUCUAGAAACAGUCAGGACUCUAAAUGUGUGAGGUCCACAAUAAGGAGUCAGUAAAGAAGUAUUUAAGAUUUUCUGCUCUUGCUGUGAUUGCUGCAGCAGGUGCUUUCCAUGUGAAAAGGACAGGCUUCUGCAAAGUUGCCUGCGCAGAGUGAGCUAAGCUUGUUUGUCAAGAGUGAUUUGAACACAGACUAGUGAUUUGAACAAAAACAGAGAAGCCCAGAGCUGUUGCCAAACGUGUGUGAGCAGUGGUUGACCGUGGGCUACAAAUUCAUCAUGUAAACUGUUGACAUAUUUUUUUAAUUCUGCUUGUUUUGACUUAUGACUACCGGUGUUUUUUGUAGUCUUACAGGAAAAACCUGUUUCUAGGGGAACGCCUAGAAACAGUAAAAAUAGCAAGUGCAGGCUAACUAAAUGGUGCUUACACAGAAGUUGUUCUUAAAUAGGGUUUGUAUUUGUGGGGUGGAGAAAGCACUAAGUUGAAGAAAAGAGUUUAAUAAUGAAAAGCCAUAAGCUUCUGAUCAGUUUUGUGACAUAGCUGCAUUUUGUAGAGGGAGAAUUUUGAUGCAUCCAGCUUGAAGUUGAACUUUGCUUAUUAGCCAUUUACUAGUAAUUAAAAAGUCUUGUAACUAGUAUG